AUGAACAAGACCAAGGAUGCUAUUCGAGACUUCAUUGGCAAAACCGGCCAUAAUGAUACGACUGUACACGAAUCUGUCGAGCCAGCCGUCAAACGUGAGACGGUUAAACCUACCGAACACCAAGAUAUCAACACAGCCAUAAAUAAAGAGGUUCAUCAGGAUCAUUAUCAUCGUACUGUGCAACCCAUUCAGGAUAGGCAAACUUUGCCUGAGAAGCAUGAGCAUCGUGUUGGUGGUGUCCAGCAUCGCGACUAUGAUCAUCGUGAUCAUGAAACUACCAAAAAGACUUUAGCAGCCGAGAACCAGAAGUAUAAAGACGAAAGGGUCAUUAAAGACACCACCCACACCCAGAGCCAUGCUCCUACAGUCCAAGGGGAGCAUGUUCAUCAUCACGUGCAUGAGACUGUCCAGCCUGUGCUUCACAAAGAAACGAUUCAGCCAAAUGUUGUUCAUACUACAGUUCCGAUCCACGAGACUCAUCACAAUGCCGCUCAACACCACUCAACUACCUCCCUACCUCCUGUCAGCAUGCAGGAGUAUGAACAACAAGGUGGUGCGUUAGGAGGGCGGAAGGAACGCUUCGAUGCUUUCGAGGGCGAACCUAAGACAAUUCGAGGAACGCUCUCUACAAUGCAUGAUAAGCAGGAUUCGGGGCUGAAAAAUCCACCCGAAGGUGUAUUCCAUGGUGACUACGACCCGCUGGAUGGAGGUAGACAUCAUGUGUCUGGGGGACCACAAGUUGGCAAGUCGGCUACCACGGUGGGCACACACCCGGCCGUAUCUGCUCAGUCGUCAGCCCAGAAAGAGUACAGAGAUGCUGGAAAAGGUACUACUUCUGCUCAUACUGAACGUGACACUUCUCUUGUGGAAUCUGGAAAAAAGGAUCACCCUAGUCUUUUGAACAAGUUGAAUCCGAUGACCGAUUCCAAUGGGGACGGGAAAGCCGGAUUUAUGAAAUGA